AAAUUCUUUUUCGAUUGGAGUUAAGCUCGCUGUUGAAUACAAGUAAUGUCCUCCCUCAUUGGAAAACCAUCAAGUAGAAGUGCCAAUGUCUUUCGAGCUUCGACAUGAAGAUGGGCUAAGUAAUGUGGUAGAUGAAACAGAGGCUCCUGCAUGAUAGAUCCCUCUAAAGGAACUGUUACUGGCCAUUACAAGCAAUUUCUGUUAAAUGUCAUGGACGUCUUAGACAACAACUCUCUAAUGAGUAAUAGCUAUUUAAUUAUGGAUAAUGCAAAUAGUCAAAAAAAUCCUAGUAUUAGUAGGAUUAUUUCAUAUAGAGAGUACCGUAUCCUCUUUUUGGCCCCAUUUUUCCAAGAACUCAACCAAAUUGAACAAUUUUGGCAUCAACUAAAAAGUAAAGCAAAAGAGAAAAUCAUCUUGCCAAAGAAACAAUUCAAACAAGAGUUGCAGAGGCUGCAAAUAUGGCAGUAGAAUUGGUUCAGAACGUUAUUUAGUAUUCAGAGAGCUGUUUCCCGAUUUG